GUUCGCUGUGCGGAGCACAGAGAAAGAGGGAGAGAUAGAGAUAGAGCGAGGGUUCGUUCGGCGGGAAUGCAAGUAUCGUCUUGGGCGUUAGCCAAAGUCGUAGGUGGCGUUCCUUGCCCUGGUCUCGUGGGCGAACACGACGCCUUCAACCAUGCCGGAAUUGGUCAAACCCCGCUCAUGAUGGUAACACCGCCGUUAUCAUCCGGCCUUCCUCGGCACGAUGGCCUGCUCAUGCGAUCUUGUCCUCACCCGCUUCACCCAACCAGGCGGUACGGUCUCGGUGGCACUCCAAGCAAACACGGGCGAGCAUGGAUGCUUUCUUGCCAACAGCAACAGCGACAACAACCUUCGCCAGCAGGCACCAACAACAGCCCGGCCGCCUUGCUCGAGGCACAGCGGGAAUCCUCAACAUCAUCCGGAACCCAACCUGCCAUCGAGGACAGGGCGGAGAGGAUGUUCGCCAUAGCUGGGUCCUUACACCUCCGCCGACAUCGCUCGAGAGCGUCGAGGCGGAUCGCCCUGAAGAUUUUUCGGGAAACGUUGCGGCUUCGGCCGGCCUGGAAGGAGACGGACACCAGAUUCGCAGUAGAGUCCGGCAUCGAUGAUGUCUUCCAAGGGUUUUCCUGCGAGUACGUACAGGCGACGCCAACAGGAAGUCCUCCCAAGAACGGCCCUGGGAUCAGCCGCACGGGAAACCGUGAAGAUGUUCGGCGCCUCCGCUCUACCCUUGCAAGGAUAGGCUACAAUGCCCGCACCAUACAGCGGAGGUUUGGCAUAAGCGAUGCACGGCGCCUGCCGGGACCAUACUACCUGCUGAAAAACCUCGACCACAACCAUGCGGCCGUCGUUGCAUCCAUGGGCCCAGCCAAGGAUGCCCUCGACGUGGCCAUCCGCCUUUUUCUCUUGGGGGUCGCGCUGCCUCGGGCGCAUGUGGAGGGAGCCCUCGGCCUCGAUUUCCUGGCAGCCGUAGACCGGUUAGGCAUGGUGGGCGAGUGUCCCGUGGAUCCGCUGCUGAUGGUGUCGCUUGUGCAGCUCUUCCCGCUGGACGGAGAGGCGCUUCUACCUCCGACAACAGCAGCAGCAGCACCACCACCACCAGGGGUAACAGCACCAACAUGCCCGAUACGAACAUCGCCUUCUGUUGAUGGCGACCCAAGCUUCCCGGGGAAAAGCCUAGAACCUGAUAACGGUAGCAGUAGUUGGAGUAGCUAUUCUCAAAGUAGUAGUGCAUGUAGUGGGAGUGGUGGUUGUGGCGGUGUGGGGAGCAAAGACACCAAGAAAAGAAGUGAGGGUACUGACACUGCAAGUGGUGGCCGAAUUGACAGAGAUGGCAGUCGAACUUGCGGCGGUGCCCAAACGGGGUUGCGGUCGCCCUCCCUUUAUCAGCAGCAAGCUCACCGGCCCGGAGGGACCUAUUCGUCGGAGGUGGAUGGAGAGAUAGAUGGCCCAGUUCCCGCUGAAACCGCGACGACCUCGCAUGCUGCCAACUGGGGAGUGGUAGCCGCUUCCGACAUGGUAUUUGCGACGGAUUGGCCUCCCCCCGGGAGCACGGCCCUGACGGAGGAGCCGGUGAUGUACAUCGGGCCCGACAGCAUCGGCCUCGUGCAGCACGUGCCUCCGAAGAGUCGCCGCGGGCAAGUCGAGAUGCCAGAAAGAGCGACGGUGGUUCCGCCUCAGGCAGGGAGCGAAGGAGGGAGCGGGAAAGACUUGGACAGCCAGUGCGCGGGCGGAGAAAGCGGGGAUCGGCGGCGGCGGUAUCGGGCGCCCGAAGAGAUACUAGACCUGUGCAGCGGGUCGGGGGUGCAGGGGAUCGCAGCGGCCGUACUGCGAGGCGGAGAGGCGUCCGUUACCUGCGUGGACAUCAACCCGAGGGCGGUCAGAUUCUCGCGUUUCAACGCGCUGCUGAACGGCCUGAAUACCGGCGGCGGGGAAGAGGAAGGGGGACGCUUCCGCGCGGUCGUUGGAGACCUCUACGGCGCCCUCGACUCAACGGUAGGUGAUCGUUUUUCCGCGGAUAGGGCGGGCGGUCUCCCCGACGCUGACGGUGACAAUGACCUCACCGGAAAUGAAAGGGGCGGGCAUCAACCCAGCCCCGGCGCCGGCACUAGUGGCGCCACUCCGACGACAAGGACUCCCGCCUCCUCCUCCUCCUCUUCCCUGUACGACCUCAUACUUGCCAACCCCCCGUUCGUGCCGGUGCCCCCAAGGCUCGCCUCGGCACGACGGCGGUACGACGUGUUCGCCUCCGGCGGCAGCAACGGCGAGAAGGUGAUCGAGGGGAUAUUCCGCGGGGCCUUCGACCGCCUCCGGCCCGGGAGCGGGCUCCUGGCGAUGGUUUCCGAGCUGGCGAAUCCUAGAACGUUCGACGCCAAGCUUCGGUGCUGGAUUGGGGGCGAGGAGGGGAGAAACGCUACAAGAAGCGACCAGUGCGGUGUUGUUCAGGAAUCGAUUGACAGGACAGCGAGAGGGAAAGGGGCGGCAGGUGGCGUGGGCCGUGAGGGGAGAAGAGAGACCGACGGCGUCGGGGGCAAUGAAAACGCCAUCCAGAUGUCUGUCCGGCCUCAUGCCGAAUCACAAGAAUGUAAAACGGAAACGAGCAGCCGCCACAGCAGCCGCCACAGCAACCAUCACAGCAGCAGCAGCAGCGGCAGCAGGCCCCCUGAGCAACGACGUGGCGACGUCGACGGCAACAAGCACGGAACCGGCAGCGACGGCGUCGACUCUGGCGCGUCGAGGGGGUGGGUGGGCACGGUGCUCCACGAGCGGCAGCCGUGGACAGCGAGAGAGUACGCCGAGAGGAGGGCCGGCAGCCCUCGCGAGGCGGAGGGGUGGGAGCGGCACCUAAGGGGGGAGGGCAUCGAGGAGAUGGCGGCCGGAUUCGUAUUUGUCCGUCGCGGUGGCGGGCGUAGGCCGCCGGUAGCACCUGAAGCCUCUUCGCAUACCGAAGGAACUCCUUUCGAGGCGUCGGAAGGUGGUAGAAUGAGUCCACCCGGGCAAUGGCAAGAUCGUGGUGGAGUCUCAUCCUGCGCUGGGGUUGGUGAGGGUGGCCGUGGUGGUGCCGUCGAGGUUGAGGGGGUUGAAAAGUUGUGGGCGCCGCACAACGCAGCUGCGGUGCAACACACGAAAGCUGCUUUGAUGAGGCUGCAGAACGCAGAUCGAUGAGGUGUAUGUCGUGGAGAUUGUUUUCAGUACAUCUUGGCGAACGGUUCAAGGGGGGAUUUCCCUCUGACAGAGGCAUUGAGGGUGACAAGUAUGCAGGCGUGGGUUUGAUGAGGUUUUCAGCGUGCACAAGGAAACUAGUCUCGCGCGGGGCCUAGCGAAGGGCUUAGAGCGGCGUUAGUUCUGGCGUCAAGGUGUUUUGUCUUCGCAUUUGAGGUGUUGCUUUGCGGCAUGUUGCGUCGCGACGGAAGUAAGCGUGUUGCUGUUAGUGCUUAGGCUACCGCCGGAACCACAAAAAUUAACCCGCGAAAAAAUAUUGUCAACCUGG